AUGGCAUUUUCUUCUGAUAGCGGAGUGUCCGACACGAUAGACCCUAUGGGUAUUACCUCGGAUGAUGAGAUAACCACGGACUUGGAGGUUUAUACAUCAGACACCACGAGUACCGACGAGGAUGAUUUUCAGCCCUUCGCCCUACCGGACUUUGGAGACGACUUGCCCUUAGCUGAUGGUCUACUGGGAGAGGAUCUACCCCUUGUCCAGAUCCCUGCCCCUCUCCCAUUGGCAGUUCCUUUUGAGGAACAGCCACUUGACGCGUUACCCGAUGACGAGAUCGAUCUAUUUAUCGAGGGUCCCCCGGAGGGAGACCAGGAUGGCGGGGCCCCGAUGGAUGACGAUAUCCCACUUGCUGAUGUUCCGGUAGAUGACCCCGUUGUUCCUAUGGUUGAGAUUCCUGCUGUUGAUGCCCUUGUUGUACCACCUUUCGAGGCUCUUGUUGUGGAGGCCUUGCCUGAUCCGUCCGUUUCCUACCCGCUUGAGUCUGCAUCAUCCGCCACUAUUCACGCCCAGGACGUGCAACACUACUCCACCGACACUGAUUCAGACAUGGCGAUGUCUGCUGCACCCGUUGUUUUCCAUGACUUUGACCCGGAUCCUGAGAUUGAGUUUAUACCUGUUGAGCCUGCUCCAGCUGAUCCAGAGCUUGGAGUUGCACCAGAGCCUGUUUUCGCUCCCGACCCUAUUCCUGUUGAUGCACCAGUCGUUGCACCACCAGCUGCUGAGGUCCCAGUUGUUGCACCUAUACCCGACCCUAUGCCAGUGUUUGAUGACCUUGCACCUUUUGCCACACAUAUUGAUCCUAGAUAUGCCGACACCCGUAACGGGUGGAUUGAGGAUGAUGAUGACUAUCCUCCAUUUGUUCUACCAUUCACUCCCCCUGUUGUACCUGUUUUCGCGCCCGUUGAUGUUCCACUGUUCCACCCACAUGUAUCUGACACCCACCGCACCGACUUACCCACUACCUUUCUUCAGGACAUACCCGCUCCCCAUCCAGGGGAAGGACCUUCUACUAGACCGCAUGGUCACAUGCCACCCAUGACAGCAGCUUUUCCAUACAUACCCCCUUUUGCAUCUACUGCACACACGGCUUUUACUUCCUCAGCACCCUCGGGCAAGCCAUUUAUGUGGUCUUCGCCCAAUGUCACGCCCUUAUCAGACCCAUACCAUCCUUUUCAUGUGGGAUAUACCGCGGAUGAUAUACUCAUAUCCUUGUAG